AUGCUGGUGUGCCAGGCGGAGGCACCCAAGCCAGACAGCAGCGCGGCAGCGGCCGCCGAGCCGGCGGCAUCGCCAGAGCCAGGCGAGGCUCCCGGCGCCGCCAGCGGCUCGGUGCGCGACGCGGUGCGCGCCGCCGAGCAGGCGGGCGAGGCGGGGCGGCGGCGGCGGCAGGCCGAGUCUACAGACAUGAUUGCCAGCAGGCUGACGCGGCGCUUUGGGCUGGCGGGCGGCCUCGCGUGGGUGGGCUUCCUGGCCUUUGGCGUCAUCGGCGAGCAGGCAAGGGAGGCCGAGAAGCGGAUGAAAAAAAUGGGGAUUCGGGAGCCGUGGGCCCCGGCAGGCAUCAAGACGCGGCUGGAGGUGGCGAGCGAGGAGGCCAACACAAGGGAGGUGGCAGAUGCUCGGGAGGUGGUGACCCCGCAGGGGCUGCGCUACACAGACCUGAAGCUGGGCGGCGGCGCGCCGCCGCAGCCAGGCUACAUCGUGGUGCUGGACUACAAAGGGUAUGCCGACGGCAGGCUGUUUGAAGACACCACCGCCCGCGGCAAGCCCAUCGUCUUCCUGUACGGCAAGCGCCCGUUUGCGGGCGGCAUGUGCGCGGGCGUGGAGCAGGCGCUGGCGGGCAUGCGGGCCGGCGGGCGGCGGCGGGUGACGGUGCCGCCGGAGCUGGGGUUUGGGGACAGGGGCAUCACGCUGCGCCCCACAGAGCACGUGCCGGAGAAGGCGGGCACGGUGCCACCUGGCGCGACGCUGGAGUAUGAGCUCACGUUGGUGCGGGUCUCCAUCCCGCCGUCCUGA